AUGGCUACCUUUCCCGAACUCGUCGACGAUUUCUUAAUCUCCCUCGCAGAACUCCCUCUAGAUGCCAGUCGGGAGGAUGUAAAUGUCGCACUUUUCGAUUGCUUUCGAUCUGAGCAACAGCUGCGCCAUUGGUUUGCGCAGUUCCGGCAGCACCCAAAGCUCACUGCAGACCCUUAUUUAGGUCUGAUUGAUAUUUUUGAGCUCCACGACAAUGUCCUUCGAUCCCGCCCACGCUCAGAGACGGAAGCUGUCUAUGUUUGGUCAUUUUCCGACGGGAGUACUGAGGAAUUUCCGACCCGCCAUCUUCUGCCACUGGGUCCCGACAUGCUGAGGCCCCGUGGUAGCCGUGCUAUUGUUCCAACACUCGAAAUGUUUCAAAGAAACUUUGAAGUCUUUACUCAUGGCGCCUUAUCAAGAUUACCUAACUGGGACAAUAUGGCUGUAGCUGGGGGUUCGGUUUUGGGCUGUUUAUCACCUCCUCUGAGCUCUUCUACCACCAAUUUUGAAUUAAAUGAGCUAUAUCAGUCAUCCGCUUACCAAGGCUCCGACAUUGACCUGUUCCUGUACGGGAUCACUCACAGCGAGAUCUAUGAUCCAGACCUUCCCAGCUAUCCGCAGGGCCUCUCACUUCUCUUAGUUGGUGAGCUAGAGAUUAAAAGGCCUGCACACUACGUCAAUCUUCAUCAGAAGGCUCCCAGAGUUCCAAGGUCAAGACGUCUACCUGGGCCUGUUACUAUACAGACGGCGGAUUUGAAGGAGCUACUUUAUUCUAAUAAUUAUGAAUAUUUCCGGGUGCCAUACUUUGAAGGAAUUAACGCUCUCAAAAUUCACCAGAUGGUUCAAAGUUUUGACAAAAAAGCGAAUUCGAAAUACAACAAGGCCAACGAACAUCGAAAUUUACACAGACAUGCCGUGUUCAGCAGAAAUAUGAUGGAAUGCUUGGGCGAUUUCUGUGUGAACUGUCCUAGUCCUCAAAAUGCCGACGAAGAGAGGAUGAUACAGAACGAAGUGAUGUAUAUCCGCGGACCAGCACGGUUCAUUGAGUCCGACCCAGGACGACAGAUGAUAGGAAGCUUUAAUCCAAUCACUAUCGACGACUGGACGGAGGGGGCGUACAGGGUUGCACACGAGUUGUCCCAGGCUAGCGAGGAAGAUGUUCCAAUGGAGGAGUCUAACUAA